AUGGAAAACAUUACAUGUAAAAAGCGGCAAAGAAGUGAAAAUUGGCUGGAGGAAGAUAAGGUUGACCUCAGAUCAUGCACAGAAAGUAUAGCCAAUACUGAAAUCGAGUGCAGGAAAGAGGUCCAUCAAGCCCAAAUGGCAAAUGAAGAAAGGAAAGCCCGAAACUUGGACCUCUAUGAGACAUUAAUUAAAUUCAAAAUUGAAUAUUAUAAAAAAACUUCUAGUUCUUGA